GUUCGAUGGAGGUAACGAAUGAAUGAUAUCGACAACUUGAAUCGUUCUCCCGUCACCAAGUCCACCUAAGGCACUUGGGUGCCCCUCAUCAUCAUCAGUCAUCACCACAUCGCACAUCGCACAUCCCCUCGCACAUCCCAUCACCCCGUCACCUCGACUGCGCGUGAAACCCAAACGACGAUCCAGUGAUAUCAGCUCUCUGUCUUUGUACUCUCACAGCAACCACUGUUUGCUGCUUGUCCCGUCUUUGAUAUCUCUUUUCUGCCCCUUUUAAGAUUGAAAUAAUUAACACGAUAGCUCUCCUCUCCGUGAACCUCCAGCGCAUUCUCGACAUCCUGUGCAUGUAGAUUGCUUUCUUCGCAAUGCGCUCAAACAACGAUGCCUCCGGGCGACCUCGCGGCUCCGACAAUGAUAUCCCGUCUUUACGUCUACCGCCGGCGCCGCAAAUGACGUUUUGCUUUGGCGAUGAAUCUUCAGUUGGUCCUCUGACGGGAAAUCAGCCAUCGUCGUUCGCUGGUCCUCACCGACACUUGCGCGACAACAAGAGGAAAGCUCACGGUGUUGUCGAGGGCUCCGAAACCCACCACGGAAGGGCUCGGGGUCUCUCCCAUCAUCGACACAAUCAUCACAGCACACCAGAGCCUGAAAAGGAAACCGGCGCAAGCGGGAGCGGGAGCACAAGAACACAACCCAAACACCAAAACAAAAGCUACACCCCAAACCAGAUACUCGACACCUUGGACCACGUUAUCGAAGAUGCUGUUUACCCCAGGCCAUCCUCUUGCACCCCGUCCAACGAUUUAUCCCAAGCACCCUUUAGCCCCUUUCUCUUUAGCACCGGUCCUGCGUCCGCCGUAAGCGAUACAUCGUCGCGGCGCAAUUCCAUCUGCCUCUCCGACGACUUUGACAUGGCUAGUAUUCCGCCUAGCGUCCACCCUGACGAGAUCGACAUUGAACACCAAAAUGAGCAUCUCGACUCUACCAUGAUGGACAUCGGUAGUGCUCCCCAGCUCAUCAUGCCGAGCAUCAACAUGCCCAGCCGCCGACCCUUUACCGACCAAGGAAAGAGUAUGGGCCGGCUCAAGGUCCUGAUCGCCGGCGACAGCGGCGUAGGGAAGACUUCGUUGAUCAAGGCUAUCGUCCAGUCUUGCGAACACAUUGUGCAUGUUGAUCCGAUCACCCCGUCACCCAUGUCACCCCAACCUAGCUUGAAGAGCUCGGUGACUCUAAAAGGAAAACAGACCAAAGGCGGUUCAAGGUCAAGCAGUAGGCGACAAAGCUCGAAUGGAACAGGUCAAAUCACCGAAGUUUAUGCCAGCACAAAACCAUAUCCUCAGUGGUGGUCCGAGAUCGAUGACCUCAAUGUGCUGAAACGGAGAAAGAGCAUGGAGGACACAGUGUUGGACCGUAAUAUUUGCUUUGUCGAUACUCCUGGCUAUGGGAGUGGAUCGUCUAGUAUGGAUACCAUCACGCCCGUGGUGCAGUAUAUCGAGUCCCAGAUGCAGCGCAUGAACGUUAAUGCCCUCAAUGAUGGAGAUAUGUUGAAUAUGCUGGGUGGAGAGGGUGGUGUCCAGAUUGAUGUUGUUUUCUACCUGGUUUCAAACAGACUUCGUCCUGUUGAUAUCGCCUAUCUUGACCAACUCAGUCCUCUCACGAACAUUAUCUUCCUCUUAUCUCAUGCCGAUCUAAUGUCACCAGAGCAAAUAUCAGCCAGCAAGGAACAAAUCCAGGCUCAACUCCGAGAAGCAAACAUCCGCCCGUUUUCCUUCUCCAUCACACCCUCGAAAACAGCCUCUUCAUCAACCCUCUCUCCCUCGCCCACGGACCCCGCAGCACAGGGUGUAUACGCCAUCUCCAGCGCCGCCGGCUCCGACCACGACAUGAUGGACGCCAGUCUCCUUAUGAGCACAGACUACGUCGAGCCCCUAGUGCCAUCCGAACUUCCCCGGCUCGUCGAGCGCGUCUUCAGUCCCGACGGCGCCUCCUGGCUCCGCCACUCCGCAGCCCGCAAGUACGUCCAAUGGCGCAAGGGAUUAGUACCCGAGAAACCAGCUGUUCCGUCACCCACAUCGCCUAGCAGUGUCUUUUCGCUAUCUCCGUCAUCCCAUAACUCCCGCCCCGGCACCGCAUCCUCCUUCCUCAGCAGGUACAACACAUCCGGCCCCAUCGGCGCCACCUCGUCCUACGCUCUCGCCCGCAUAACGGACCACACCCAGCGCGAGGAGAGAUUAGCGCAAGUAAGACUGGCCAACUGGGCCACCGAGCUGCAGAAGAGCUUGGCAAACGAGCGAGCGCAGUACGAAGCUCUGGCGCGCAACAAAAGAGCAGUUUGGUUAACCGAGAAAAUCGGCGAGUGCGUCGUCGACGGAACUUUGGUUCCCAUCUCUUCUACCAGCAGCAGCAGAAGUAGUAGGGACAGGAGCGGCUCGAACAGGAGCCUAAGCACGAGGAGAAGGAGAGGGGAUACUUGGCAGAGUAUCGAUCGGCAGCAGCAGCAGCAGGAAAUGGGACUUUUCGGAUUCGGGUAUCAUCACCAGGGUCAUCACUAUCGGCAGCACCAACACCAGCACCAACACCAGCAACAUAGGCAAAAGCAGAGACAAAGGGAGACGGAUCCGCUGGGACUGAUGGAGAUUGCGGACGAAUUGAUGUAUAAGAGCCUCAUUGCGCUGGAGGUGCUGGGAAGUUUGGGGGUCUUGGGCGGGUUGGCUAUUUGGAUGGGGAGGACUAUGCAGCUGCAGCCGUUGGAGUGGUUUGUGGGAGAGUGGAAUCGGGUUUGGCGGUGAUUGCUCACGUCAAGGAAUUGGAUUGUGGAUUGGGAAUUGGGGAGAAAUAAGAGCUUAGUGGAGGAUAGUGGAGGAUAGUGGAGGAUAUAUCCAGUGGUAGGUACAUUUCUCAUUCUGUGCUGUUGGGAUAUUUAACUGUCACUCGGGGUUUGAGAAAUCGGCUUGAAUUCGGAUGUUCCUGGGA